UGAAUUACAAAGAAGAGAAUUAUAUGAGAAAAUGGGCGGUACUCGAUGCAUUUUCCGGGAUUGUCAUGUCUCAUCACAGCGCAAUCCGAAAAUGCACUUUUUCAAACUACCAGUUCGUGAUCCAGUUCUGCUGGAAGCCUGGCUCAAGAAUUGCGGCAACGCUGAUAUUUUAAAUGUCGCACGCGAGAAGCUAAUAAAUCGCGCCGUCUGCGCUCGACACUUUCGCUACGAGUGCUUCAUGAACUACAAACUGGAUCGCCUCAUUCCAAGGCAGAUGCCAACUCUGGUGCGCGUCAGCAAGGAGCUAGCCUGGGACAUGGAGCAUCUCGACGAGAAUGGCGAAGCGACAAUGGUCAAGUUGUCCGUUCCAAAAUUAUUGCACCUGAUACCACCCGACAAUUUCGAGUGUCCGUUAGGCUUCACCGAGGAUGCACUCUUUGGCCGGAAGUACGCAGUGAAAAGAGGCGCGGCGCCAAAGCCUUUGCUCCUGAUUGCGAGCAAAAGAAAAAAAGAACAGGAUGCAAAAGACAAUAUGGCUGCUUCAAUGAUUGACAAUAAUUUGACAUCUGUCAAAACGGAGCUGAGCACAAAGCCAAUCGAUUUGACUGCAAGCUUUGUGCAAGAAGCAGAUGCAACGAUAAUUGAUGCAAUUAUGCCGACACCGCCAGCGGAAGAGAACUAUGAAGAUUUACAGCAUAAAUACGACGAGUUAAAAACGAACUUUGAUCGGCUUGCAACGGAGAAUGGGGAAUUAAAGCAAUCAGUAAUUAAAUUGGAAGCGCACAAGAGACACCUAAAUAACUCAUCCUCCAGCAAGCCACAGCUUUAUAAUAGUAUUAAAAAGUAUUUGUGUCCAACAAUGGCGGCGCUUGUGCGCAUGGAAAUGUUUGGCAGUGCGGAGCGUGCCUGGAAGCAGGAUGAACGGGACUUUGCCAAGGAGCUGCUGCAGCUGGGCGAAGACGUUUACGCGCACUGCUGCGACGAGUGGCGUUUCCGGUUGCCCUCGUUGCGAAUGACGCGCACCUGGCUGGAGGCAACGACUGGUCCCGAUGAUGAUAAUGAUGUCGAGGAUCAAAUGCUAUAAACAUAAACACAUGAUAAUGAUAAUAAUAAUAAUGCAAAUGCUGUGAUUCAAUUCAUACCAACUAAAAUGUGGAUCAGGACUAACAAUUUUCAUUCGAACAAAAUUUCUCUUCAAUAUUGUAUUUGUAAUGUAUUAUUAAGUAAAUUUU